UCAAGGAUCAAUGAGCAUACAUUCUGGCAUUUGGUGGCUUUUCUGGAAAGCAGUCUCCUGUAGGCCGCUGUGCAGGCCCCCACAGCUGAUCAUAUUAUUUCAGCUGGUGUGCUGCACUCACCUUCAGUGCGCGCUCCACUAUGGACCGUAAAAGGGAUGACUGGCACAGGACAAAAAGAGAAAGGAAAGCCUACAUGCCACAGAAUGACGGAUGACAGGAGUACUAUGCUGCAUAUUCUUGAGGAGCCUCAGAUGCGAAGGGAAGGGGAGAGACUUCGAACUUUUCAGAACUGGCCGGCAGAUGCACCUGUCACAUCUGGAGACCUGGCCAAAGCGGGUUUCUUCUUUCUAGGCCCUGGGGAUAAAGUCCAAUGUUUUUGCUGUGGUGGGAUUUUAAGAUCCUGGGUACAUGGGGACAGCCCAGCUGCUGAGCACAGGAGGCAUUUCCCCACCUGCAGUUUCAUACUGGGUCAAGCUGUGGGAAAUAUUCCACUCCAGGUUGGAUCCUCUGACUCUGUGGACGGCCAGCUGUUGAGUCAACUCCAGAGGAUGACCAUGGACGACCAGGGGACAGCUGGACAGGCAGUCUACCCUGAGAUGGAGGCGGAGGAUUCCCGGCUCACCACCUUCCACAACUGGCCCACGGAAGCCUCGGUCCAGCCAGAUGUUCUUGCCAGAGCAGGAUUUUUCUACACAGGUCACGGCGACAACGUCAAAUGCUACUACUGCGAUGGAGGGCUGAGGAACUGGGAACCAGGAGAUGACCCCUGGCAGGAACAUGCCAAAUGGUUUCCACGAUGUGAGUUUUUAAUCCAGUCGAGGGGGCAGGAAUAUAUCAGCAACAUACAAGAUGCUCAUUUCCAUCUGGGUGACACUGUGGUUGGCUCACCGACUUCCACAGGCAGAGAUUUUGGCUCCAGAAAUGAUAUGGUUGGAGGUCUGGGAGCUUCAUCAGUCAUGCUUUCCCCUGUGGUGCAGACUGUGCUCCAGAUGGGUUUUGAAGCCAGUCUGGUAGAGAGUCUGGUCCAGACCAAGUACCUUUUGACAGGCCAACACUACACUUCUGUGUCUGACCUGGUCACUGAUGUACUGCAGGCAGAGGAGGAGGACAGACAUAGGGGGUCACAGAGCAGAGAGCCAGAGAUGAGGCAAGGCUCCAGUGCAGGGAGUGUGAGGACACAAACAACCAUCAGAGAGAGAGUGAAGGACCCCACUCCAGAAGAGCUCCUGAGGCAGCUGCAGGAAGAGAGGACCUGUAAAGUGUGCAUGGACAAGCUGGUGUCCAUCGUUUUCAUCCCCUGUGGUCAUCUGGUGGUGUGCGGUGACUGUGCUGCCAGCCUGCGUCACUGCCCCAUCUGCAGAGCUGUCAUCAGAGGCAGCGUUCGUGCCUUCAUGUCCUAAGGCUGUAGUGAGAA